ACUUAUUUCCUGUUUUGUAAAAAAAAAAAAACGACCCAUCCGAGGAAAUGCGUUUGAGAAGUUGCGCUAUAGAGUGAAUAUUUAAUUUGCGCUAUAAGGUAUAAUUUUGAGUGGAACCAUGGAUCCUGAGAUUUUACGAAACAACUCGGCUCAACCAGCGAGGAGGUCGACAAGGCAAUCGAUGAAAGCAGUUACUUUAGAGUUGGCACCCAGAGGUCCGCUGAAGAGGAAGAGGGAAGAGAACAAGAUCCCAUCCUCACCUGUCAAUGGCUCCAUGGAGGACGAUGAGUCCCCUGGCAAGAAGAAUAAGUCAGAGAUUGGAGUGGCAGGGGAUGGCAGUUGUGAUGAGGAUGAGAUGGAUGUCCAGGAGACCACUGGGGAUGAAGAUCUGGACUCGGAGCAGAACGAGGAACAGGAGAUGAGUGCCGAGGAAGACUCCUCCCAUCACAAUGUCACACAGCAUAAACGUCCCUUUGAUGCAACUUCGAUGGGGCACAUGAAUGUGAACGUACCGAAGACGGUCGGUGUUGGCUCCCAAGAGAUUGUGGAUCCCAGGUUGUACCUACUGAGUCGCAGUUCCAUUCAUACAACCGAGGAGCUGAAAACAGAUCUGUUUAAAACCAAGAGAAUGGAAAUGUCAAGAAGAGCUGCGUCUGGUACCAAGCCUGCAACCCAACUCAGACCCCUGGAAAACCGACCAGAGGUUUACAAGACGAGCAGCAUGGCAGAGUACAAGGAGAAUAUGGAGAGGAAAGACAAAAGAACUGGAUUGCCCAGCGCUAACCAUUAUAGCAUGAGAGGUUACCCCACGUCUGAAGAGUCCUACACAUCGAGCUGUCGGGUGAACAAUAUUCCUACUCGAAAACAAACUACCAAACUCAGAAAACAAGAUAUUAAGAAAUCAGCUGUUAUCAAGGCAAUUCCUGGGAAAGCUUUUGGGGGGUACAUGUGGAAACUAUUUCAGGCUCUGGUGCUGCUUGUCUCUGGUGUUCUGGGUGUCCUGGCCUACCAGCACUUCUCACUGCCCUUCAGGCCUUCAGGGGGUGGAGAUCAUCCAGCCUGGCCUGUGAGAGAGGGGAAGUUUGUUUCUCAGUUAUCUGCUCUGGAGUCCCUGUUCCCCGGGCAGCGCUCUGAGCUGUGGAGGAGGAGCAGGAUCCACCUGGAGAGGCACCUCCAGACGGCCCGGCCCACGGAGCCAGUCAGCCUGAUGCUGACAGCAGGCCGCAGGGGGGAGAAGACGCUGCACUGCCUUGCCCUGCAUCUGGCCUCCGCCUUCUCCUCUGCCUUCAACACCUCGUCCAUCCUCCACAUCGACGGGGCCAGCAAAGCUGGCCAGGACAGCGACCAGGUCAAGCUGGACAUCGACACCCAGCUGGGGGAAGCCUUCGAGGGGGACCAGCCCGUAGCCGUCAUCCACCGCUUUGAGGAGCUGCCCCCGGGUUCCACGAUCAUAUUCUACCGCUACUGUGACCACGAGAAUGCAGCCUACAAAGAGGUGUUCCUGCUCUUCACUGUGCUGCUGCCUGAGGAGGAGUUAGGGAAGGAGCUCAGUCUGAAUGAGGUGGAGGAGAGGGUCCAGGAUUAUAUUACGGACACCUUUGUGGAAAGUAACAGCUCAGACAAGCCUGGUUCCUAUAAUCGGAUGGACCUGGACAAGCUGAGUGGACUAUGGAGCCGUAUCUCCCACCUGGUCCUGCCUGUGGCAGUAGAGGAGAGCAUAGAGCAGGGGGGAUGCAUGGACUGAACUGGCAGCUACAGGAGACGUCUGGCUAGGUAAGAGCAGGCUCGCUGGGCUGGGCUCCUCUCCGUCUUUAUGGAGCUCUGGAGAAGCUGUGGCUCUGAAGCUGAGGGGUGAUGGUAUGAAGACACACCCAGGUGCUCUGUGGGGUUUUUAAGACUUCACAGUUGAACUCUAGGUCCUAGAGGUGAUAUCUUCCAGAGGUCAUAUGCUCUGUAUAGAGAUUUCUAUGCUGACAGAUCCAAACCAACAUUUAAUAUUCAGCCCAACUGCACUGUUUAGUUUUAACUGAGAUGUCCUCUCUUACUGGUCCUCUGUCAUAUUUCUGAUCAUUUCACAACUGCCAGCUGCUGUAAUUACAGAGUGACGGUCUGGAUUGAGGACAACAGGAAGUAAUUACAGAGUGACAGUCUGGGUUGAGGACAACAGUUUGUUGUGGGUGGGUUUUAUUUCAGACCCAACGUUUGCUUUAUAGGGAAGAUGUACAGCAUUGGUUUUAUAAUGUGAUGUCUAUUUCACGUCUAUUUCACGUUUUUCUUGUUUUCUCUUUUCUUUUUGGAAAAUGAAAUGAAAUCGUUACCUUGAAAAAAAGAAAUUCCUUAUGCUAUUCAAUUUAAAGUGUUUGUUGCUGCAUGAAAUUUAAUCUGAGUCUAAAUUCCAGGAUUUCACCACUGAUCCAUGCAUUGGUAAAAUGACAAAUGAGUUGCUUUUCUGCUGCUCAACAUAUAUACAUUUAUACAUAUUUUAAAAAUAUUAUUUAAAUCCCUCCAUUCCCUGCAUAUUUGGCUGAAAUGUCUUGCACUAAUUCUCUGGUUUUACAUUUUCAACCAGCUCACCUCGAGGAAUGGCAGACAUGAAGAUGGAAAUAAUCGUAAUUUGGGAUGCUGCGUUAGGUUUGUCUCUCUCGAUCUCUCUCUCUGUGUGUGUGUGUGUGUGUGUGUGUGUGUGUGUGUGUGUGUGUGUGUGUGUGUGUGUGUGUGUGUGUGUGUGUGUGUGUGUGUGUGUGUGUGUGUGUGUGUGUGUGUGUGUGUGUGUGUGUGUGUGUGUGUGUGUGUGUGUGUGUGUGUGUGUGUGUGUGUGUGUGUGUGUUAUAGUGUAGUAUUUGCUUAAUGAAUAAUAUUAUUAGAUGACUAUAUUGGAAAUAUUUUGAAAUAAUUGUUAAGUGGACUAUUUUUAUAGGACGAGUUGGACGGGGGGGGGGUUACAGAGAAGAGAUGUUGAAUAUGAUAUUUUUCACACGGAAAUUCCAAUUCUGUGAGGAGAGGGAUCGCUGUAAUUUAUCAGAUUCUUACUGUUAUGAUGUUUGUUUUUUUUUUUUUUUUUUCAAAAUGCUUGUGUGUCUUAAUGAAGUAAACUAUUCUAGAUUAUUCCAGAAUAAGUGUUGGCAUAAUUUAGCAGUAUAAUCUGAAUUGAUUGAAACAGUCAAUCAGAAAAUGUAUAUUACAUAACUGGUAUUGCCAGUCAGACAUUGUGCCUUUAUAGAAUAUUUUAAUUGGUGCGAUUUAGAUUAUAUUUGAUAUGUUGUACCAAAUUACUCGGUGGUGAAGAUGAAUAUUUGAACCAAGUAAUUGAACAACCUGUCCCAGAACCAACUAUUUUCUUUCCACUGAGAAAUAUUUUCUAGUUUAUGCUCUGUUGUUGUAACUAAGAUAUUUUCUAUUGCUUUCACCUGAAUAAGUAUGUUCUCUUUGAUUUGUUUUGGUUUUCCUAUAAUAAUAAAAUAUUUUUUAAUAGUU